AUGGAAGAGCUAAAGAAAUUAAACAAGGAUUGUUAUGAGUGGCUUAAGAAGAUACCACCUCAGCACUGGUCUAGGUCCCAUUUCACUGGGAGAGCACAUUCUGAUGUGAUUCUUAAUAACUUGUGUGAAACAUUCAAUGGAAAACUGAAUGAGGGUCGUGAUAAACCAAUUAUUACUUGCCUAGAGUUCAUUAGGGAAUAUCUAAUGAAGAAGAUUGUGAAUGUAGAAAAGGCCAUUGGGAAAUGUACUGGUCCUUUGACACCUACAGCUAUGCAGACUUUGGAAAAUAUAAAAAAAAAGGCAGAAGAUUAUAGAUCUGUAUUUUGUGGAAAUGGUAAGUAUCAGGUAAGUGGCCCUUGGAUGGACCAAUGCGCGGUGGAUGUGGUUCAACAAACAUGCUCCUGCAGGAAAUGGGAACUCACUGGGAUGCCAUGCAAACAUGUUGUUGCUACUAUAUGGGAGAUGAGGAAGAAUAGUAAGGAUGUUGGAAUACCAGAAACUUGGGUGCAUGAGGUAUAUUGGCUAAAAACUUGGAAACAGAUGUACUCAUUCAAAAUUGAGCCCAUUAAUGGGAGAAGCAUGUGGGAAAAGUCUGUGUGUCCAACAACUUUGGUUCCUCCUAAACAUGGUGUCACAAUAGGUAGACCAAAGAAGAAACGCAGAAAAUCAGCUUAUGAAAUUGAUGACAUGGUGAAGGGUAAUAGUGCAUCAAGAAUCCUUCAGUCGGUUACUUGUUCAAAGUGCAACAACAUUGGUCAUAAUGCAAGGAGUUGUAAGGGACAAAAAGCUAGUGCUCCUAGUGGUUCUGGUAAGGGAAAAGGAAAAGCUGGUUGA